CAUUUACUUCCCGCAUGGUGGACUGGUGCGACGUUGUUGUGCAUUUUGUUCCGAAGUAAACACAGCCAUACCUGUCUAUGUAUAUGUCGUUUUUUUCUCGUCUUUGAAACAAUGAAAUAGAUGUCCGACGCCGGAAGAUAUCCUUAAACGAAACUCUACUCUUGGACAGAAAGCUCGUUAGCUUGUUGUGCUAACUAACGUUAGCUAGCAGUGCUACUUGCGAAGAAUGAAGACUUCUAACGGUAACACCAGUAUCAUGGACAUGUUUGAAAAUGGAAGAGUCCUGAAAAUAUGUGCCCCGAUGGUUCGAUAUUCAAAGCUUGCAUUCAGGUCCCUGGUGAGGAAAUACAACUGUGAUAUCUGCUUCACCCCAAUGAUAGUUGCUGCUGACUUCAUGCGAUCUGUCAAAGCCAGAGACAGUGAAUUCACCACCAAUGAGUGUGACCGGCCCCUGAUAGUGCAGUUUGCUUCCCAUGAUGCCCAGACUCUGGCUGAUGCGGCUUGUGUGGUAGCACCUUUCUCAGAUGGAGUUGACCUUAACUGUGGCUGUCCCCAAAGAUGGGCUAUGUCAGCUGGGUAUGGUGCAUGCCUCAUCAACAAGCCUGAACUUGUGAAAGACAUGGUCAGACACGUCAGAAACCAAGUGGACAAUCCAAACUAUACAGCAUCUAUCAAGAUAAGAAUUCACAAGGACCUGAGGCGAACAGUGGAUCUGUGCCAGAAGGCUGAAUCAGCCGGUGUAUCAUGGAUAACAGUCCACGGCCGAACAUCAGAAGAACGGCAUCAGCCAGUCCAUUAUGACGCCAUAAAGACAAUCAAAGACAGUGUAUCCGUCCCUGUUAUUGCCAAUGGAGACAUAAAGUACCUCCGAGAUGUGGAGUCCACUCACCGGCUUACUGGUGUUGAUGGUACGCCCUCACUUGAGAUGACGCUCCAAUGGACUGCUGUAGCCCUCUUUCUCUAUGUGGAGAUCGGUAUUCUUGUCAUUCUCUGUUUACCCUUCAUCUCAGCCAGGAGGUGGCAGAGUAUUUUCCAAUUGAGGAUCUGGAGCUGUCUGGCGAGGUUCUGGAACAAAAUGUUUCUCACUAUGAUCAUUGUACUUAUUGUUCUCUUCCUUGAUGCUGUGCGUGAGGUGAGAAAAUAUUCAGCUAAAGAACUUGGCACAGAUGCCAAGCUGCAGCCGAACAUGUUUGAUCACCUGCACAUGAAGCUUUUCAGAGCCCAGAGGAACCUCUACAUUUCUGGCUUCGCUGUCUUCCUCUGGUUGGUUAUGAAGCGAGUGGUCACCUUGAUUAACCAACUGGCAUCAGUGUCUGGCAUUACGGCUGCUCUUCAGGCGCAGGCUGACAGUGCUAACCAGGCCGCCAAGAAAUACAUGGAAAACAAUGAGAUGCUGAAACAGACUUUAAUGGAAGGGAAGGGUGAAAAAGCUACAGCAGAGGGCAUGGAGCUGUUGAGGAAAGAAGUGAGGAAACUGAAAGAAGAACUGAAGACCUCAGCAGAUGCCCUGAAGAACUCCCAGUUAGAGGCAGAUGUAAUGAAGAAGCAGAUGGAGGGCCUUGCAAGGGAGUACGACAGACUGUUGAAAGAACAUCAAGAGCUCCAGAAUCUUCAAGACAGUGGAAACAAAAAGAAGGACUAGUUGUCGUAAAAUCCUGAAAGGUCGAAGUGUUUACACAGCAACCUGGCCCCAUCAUUAGAAAGCCACUGGAACACAUGCUUUACCUUCACAUAACGCCUUGCAUCACAGCGCAUGUCACAAAACCAGGAGGUACAGAGUUUGAGUGAUAUCAGUCAUGGUUUUAAUGCAUGCAGGUGAAUUUUUAUUAGGGCACCAGACUGGUUUAAAUGGAGCAAGUAAUAUUAAACAUUUUUCUGCUUCUGCCUAGCACAGUAUGACAAAGAGGAUUGCUUUUUAAGUGCACACUCUAUAAGGCAGAUGAAUUGUGCAAGGUAAUUGGAGAGAAUUCAGUCAGUAAUCAACCCAGGUCGGAUCACAGUGCACUUAAUAUGUUAAAGAAAUAUACAACAAGGACAGGUGUUUAAUGAUUUUGUGUCAUUUGUUUUAGCCAGGUGCACAGCGUAGAGCGCAAGACUCUUAGAGCACUCUCUGUGGUGUGCACAACUUUGAAUGUAUUUUGAUACAAAGGGUUUGUUUCUUUAUUGCUGUAUGUAGCAGGAAUACCUGCUUCACCCACUCUGAGCUUAUCAGCGGUAUGUAAAUUCACUCUGUGCUUGCAUGACUGUGCAAAUACAGUUUGCAUGUACAGUUGCAGUUAGACAAAUCUUCCUAACAGGUUUUUUUUUGUAUUCCAGCUGAUGAGUUUUUUAAACUUAGGAUGUAGUGGUGAAUGAUAGUGGUUGAAGGUUUCCACCAUCCAGCGCUUUUCUUUUGUUUUCCACCUUAUUUUGAACAAGAAAAUGUAUAUGCAAAUCUGAUAUAAUGUAUCUGUGGAUAUAAAUAACACACAAUAUCUGUAGGGAUAGAAAAAUGGAUUUAACCACUUAUGAUCUUACUUAAGCUUUAAAAUGAAAAAUAUUCAAUCUGGGUCAAAAACAGAAGUUAAAAUAUAUAUUGUGUAUGUUUCUGAGCCAUAGGAGGUCCAGAUUGUUGUAUAUUUCAAGUAUUCAUUCAUUUCAUUCAUUUUGGGUUAGUGUGAGAGUUGGACUGUACUCAUGAUGAAAAGGGCCUGUAUGUUUUUUCUUAUAUUUCCGGUAUCCAGACAGAGCCUUGUCAGUGUGAAAGAGCAGCUUAGAUUGUAAUCAUCAGAUGUGUCAAAUUUCCCCAAUUUAUUUUAUGAUAAAUAAAUGGCUUAUUGGGUUUACCAGAUACUUUCCAGGUUAUAAAAUUGUAAAAAUACCUUCAAGUUAUGGUCGGACAUUAAAAAGUCCCUUAAAGUGCCUUUAAGUGGAUAUAGUACAUUUUGUUUAAUAAAGAUACCGUUCUUUAU